ACGGCCGUCAGGCCCAGGGACGAACCCUGCCCCACCACCACCGCCUCCGCCUCGUCGUCGUGGGGCGCUGGCGACGCGUUUGUUUUGUUCAUCACACGCCCGCGGGUUUCCUGUUUCUUCUCUUCCCCCGGCCGCGCGCGUCCGACGCGGGGCAGCGAGCCAGCGACCACUCUCGCCUGCCUGCCUACCUACCCAUCCCACACCCGCCUGGGGAAAAUCAAAGCGCCGCCCUCGCACGCACUCGCGCUCCCCACUCCCCUCACCUCACUCCUCGUAACGGCUCGGCAAAACCCCCAGCACGCGGUCGACGAGACGAGAGCCGAGAAACAGUCCACUCCUCACUCCCGUUCCGUUUCGUUUCCCCAGUUCCGCAUGGCCGCCGCGAGGUAGCGGCGCAGGCGCUCACCGGGGAUGGCGGCCGGAGGGAGGGGCAAGCUGGCGCCGGCGGAAGUGGCGCCCGCGGCGUUUCCCUCGCGGGGCUUGGCGGUGGCGGGGGCCGCGGCGGGCGAGGUGGUGCGGCGCGUGAGGCCCACGGAGGCCUCCGAGCGCCGCCGCGCGGAGGUCGUCGACUACGCGCGGAGGCUCGUCGGCUCAGCGCUCGGAUGCGAGGUUUUUGCAUUUGGAUCAGUUCCACUAAAGACUUACCUUCCUGAUGGGGAUAUUGAUCUAACUGUCCUUGGAAAUACAUCUUAUGAUAGUACUUUGGUUAAUGAUGUUUUCUGCAUUCUUGAGUCUGAGGAGCAGAAUAGUGAUGCUGAAUUUGUAGUGAAGGACUUGGAACGAAUUGAUGCCGAGGUCAGGCUCAUUAAAUGCACUAUUGGAAAUAUUAUAGUUGAUAUCUCAUUCAACCAAACUGGUGGGAUCUGCGCACUCUGCUUCCUUGAGCUGGUUGAUCGGAAAGUUGGAAAAAACCAUCUAUUUAAAAGGAGCAUCAUAUUGAUCAAGGCAUGGUGCUAUUAUGAAAGCCGCCUACUAGGAGCUCAUCAUGGACUUAUAUCAACCUAUGCACUGGAAGUACUUAUCCUUUAUGUAUUCAAUCUAUUCCACAAAUCUCUCCACAGCCCUGUGGAGGUUCUUUAUAGGUUUCUGGAAUAUUUUAGCAAGUUUGACUGGGACAACUAUUGCAUAAGUUUAAAUGGCCCUGUUGCUUUGUCGUCUUUGCCAAACUUAAUUGUUGAAGCUACAGUUACACAUACCAGUGACUUAUUGUUUGACAAAGAAUUCCUCAAGAGCUCCAUGGAUAAAGCAACUGUACCUCCAAAAAAUUCCGAUUCAUGCUAUCCGAGGUUUCGUCCUAAACAUCUAAACAUAGUUGAUCCACUGAAGGAGUACAACAAUCUUGGCAGAAGUGUCAACAGAGCUAGCUUUAAUCGCAUUCGAACAGCUUUCUUAUAUGGUGCUCGAAAGCUUGGUCAUAUUGUCACGUUACCAUCAGAAGUUAUUCCUGAUGAAAUUUAUGAGUUUUUCAAAAACACUUUGGGAAGGAAUGAACUAGGGGCAAGACCAGAUAUUGACAGCAAUUAUGCUUUUCAUUCUUCCUUUGGUACUGCUGAGACUAUUUUGGAAGAUAUAUCAAGUAUGAAGAUUUCCGAUGGUGAAGAUGAGAACAUAACCUGUCAUCUUUCAAAGAGCUUGGGUGAUAAAAACUUAUACGUUGGAAUGAAUGGACAUACACAUUUGAGUAAUUAUUUUCCAGGAGUCCGUAACACUGCAUUAAGUACUGGUUUAAGUACAAGAGCAUCCCAUUUUGUUCAUAAUGCACCAAAACUACAUUCAUCGUUUUGCCAUGAUAACAGUCACGGUGACAGUGAAAAAUGUUACUUGAACCAUGGAAUGGAGCAGGUAUCUCACUACACUGCUAAAGCCUUCUGUAUAGAUGAUAAGACAACAAUACAGUCACAAGUUUUUGUGAGCAACCCAUCACUAUUGAGCACCUCUGCUGCUGUCACUGCUUCAGAACUUGCCACCAAACAGAAAAAAUGGAGUACUGCCUAUGUGGAGAAACAACAUUUUUCUCCCUCACCAUCAAGCUUGCCAGAUCUUUCAGGGGAUCUGGAUUCACAAUUUAGAUGUUUGCGUCAAGUUCAGUACCACCUCGAAUACUUGUUUGAUGGGUUUUUGCAGUCAGUUCAGGGAGCAUCUUCUGCUGAUAAGUUUCACAAGGACCCCUUUCACAUUUCUGCUUGCAGUAUCUUGUUGGACAGAGAUACAGGAUCGCCAAGGUUGCAGUUGCUUUCACCUGCUCGAAGCAAUGGAAGGGAUCCAUCUCCCGUUUCUUGUAGUCAGAGCACAGAAUGUGUCUCUCAGCAUUCACAGAAUGGAAGCCCAUGGGAUAUGGCUUCUCAACGGAGUGUCUCUGUGCCCUCUGGAAUCGAUAUUCCACCAAAUGGAGUCUCACCGUGUUCUUCUUGUGCUGAUUCUGAGGUUUCUUCUGUUUCAUGGUUUCAUGGCUCUGGGGAUAGCGCUAUGAUGCAUGGAAGUGGAAAAGACACAUACUUUACAAGAAAGAGCUGUUAUACUCGCUGGGAGCGAUUGGCAUCUUCAAGAAAGAAUGGGAAAAUACUGCCAAAUCAAUCAGUGAAAUAUAAAAGCAACCAGAAGUCAGCUCCAGGAGCAAGAUUUGUGUCUCACAAGGAGCAGGCCGCAAUAGACAGUAGAACCAAAGAAAUAACAAUCGAUCAAGCUUUGAAGAUACAUGAAUACAUUGAAUCAGACAUGAAAAUUGUUGAAAAACUCAGUUGUCAUAAUCAAAAGGAAGUCCGUCAUGACAAUGAAGCAAGACAAUUACCAAAUAACAACCAGGAUGUUUGCUUGAAUAAGAACUUUUUGCAAAACCGAUAUCAUGUGGAGUCUACACGAGCUCCCAGAGCAACACAUCAGAUUCCUAAAUAUCAACCGUUUAAAAUUCAAAAUACUACAGAGUGUGAUAGAGCUAGCCUAAGUAAGAACAUGCCCAGAAAGCACAGCUGUGGCACUUGGAAAGAGUAUGAGAUACUUGACCGGCCAACAAAGCAGAGACCAAUUUGUGGCCCAUUGAAGCUAGAAAACAGACAUGUCUGGGAUUGCACAAAGAAGAUAUCAGCUGGAAACCAGAAGUGUAAUAAUCAUAAGGAUUACCUAUCUUUCGUAAGAGGUGCAGUGCCACGCAGCCACGCAGCAAGCACUCCAAAUGGUUUAGAAAAGGAGGCGGCUAAUUCAAAUAAAUCCGCUGACAACGGAAGUCCCGUAAGGCCAAUCUUGCCAGAGUUAUUGCUUUCUUGUCAUGACAUCAAUAGCCAAGAGAGGUCCCCAUCAUCUAGUGCUCAUCAAUCAUACUUCCCUGCUGCAAAUGAUCGACCACUGGAGACUAUAGAGUUUGGAUCUUUGGGACCUUUUGCACUGCCUUUAUCCUCAUUGAAGUCAAAUGGAACUACUAACACAGAAGCUACAAGUAAGGUGUUUACAGAUGCCUCUCCAUUUGUGUUACAGAGGUCCAGGGCCGCCGCAACUGAAAACAGUGCUGGAGGCUGAUGGGUCUGAGGAAAGAACAAUCAUCGAGGUAAUACCUUCUCCCAUGGAGAGGCUGCUUCAAACCUGCAACCGAAGACCUGCCCUUGUUUAGGCAUAAAAUUCAAUAAGUAUGAUUGGUGUAGUAUAUGGGGAUUAGGGACUGUCACAGAAGACCGAUACGUGUGUCUGGCAUCCAGAUUUGUUGUUAUGUGAUAGUGAUUCCAUGCACUUUUACGCUACAUACAAUGGCUACAAUUCUGUCCUUA